UUUCGCUCUGAUCCAUUGUUAACAUAGAUCAGAAAAGGACAGUGAAAAUAGGCUCAAUUGAAUCGAAGCGUCAACUAGUAUUUGCUCACUGUUUCUGAGGAUACCCUUUACGGAAUAUUCUUGUGGAUUGUAUUAUUUGUUGGCUAUGGAAUUUGAAGGAUUCAUUCAACCCAAAUGCGUAAGAUGGCGUUUUAGUGGACUACGGUGGCAGGUACUCAUUUUUCUCCUCUAUCUCAGUCAUACUGUCAGUGGACAAAUCCGGUAUUCCAUUCCGGAGGAGAUGAAGAAAGGCUCUCUUAUCGGUAACGUAGCUCAAGACCUGGGGUUAGAUUUGAAACGGCUCCGAGCGGGCCGGGCCCGUAUCGUGACCGGAGAAAGCAUUCAGUACACAGAGCUGAAGACGGACAAAGGGAUUCUAGUCGUGAGUGAGAGAAUAGACCGAGAGCAGCUUUGUGGCGACGUCACACCGUGUAGCUUCAGCUUCGAAAUGAUUCUAGAGAAUCCUAUUGAGCUGCAUCGUAUUACUGUGGAGAUUCUAGAUGUAAAUGAUCAUGCUCCUGCUUUCCCAAAUAAAUAUAUACAUUUUGAAAUCAGCGAAUCGGCUACGGUUGGGUCGCGAUUUCUGUUGGAAAGUGCAGAGGACCCAGAUGUAGGGCUCAACGCCCUACAGAAUUAUGUUUUAACUCACAAUGAUAAUUUCAUUCUAAAACAGCAUGCGAAUCCAGACGGUAGUAAAUAUGCAGAGAUGUUCCUCCAGAAACAAUUAGAUAGAGAGGAGUAUCCUCGUCUCUCUUUAAAGCUAAUCGCUGUAGACGGUGGAAAUCCGCAGAGAUCUGGCACAGUAAAUAUCGAGAUCACUGUCCUAGAUGCCAAUGACAAUUCGCCUGUGUUUAACCAAUCGGUGUACAGGGCUGCUGUGAUGGAAAACGCACUGAAAGGCACCUAUAUUACAACCGUGAAUGCAAGUGACGCAGACAGUGGCACAAAUGGACAAAUCACAUAUAGCUUUUCGAAGUUGAAGGGGAGCAUUGCUGAUAUUUUCAUAAUAGACGAGAAAACAGGAAUCAUAUCUGUUUCGGGACAGGUAGACUAUGAGAAAGAUAAGAAAUACGAGGUUAGAGUAGAGGCUAAAGAUCAGGGUGGUUUAACAGACUCUAGUAAAGUUGUAAUUGAAGUUCUUGACAUAAAUGACAACGCACCAGUUAUAAACGUCAUGUCUUUCUCCAGCCCUGUGUCUGAAGAUGCUCAUCCUGGAACCACGGUAGCCGUUAUAAAUGUAAAAGACGCUGAUUCAGAGAGAAAUGGGCAGAUUACAUGCUCUAUAGAUGAUAACCUCCCAUUCAAGAUAAAAUCAUCCUUAACUAGUUAUUACAAUUUGAUCUCUGAUAAAGGGUUUGACAGAGAAACAACACCGGAAUACAACAUAACUAUAACAGCGACAGAUUCGGGUUCGCCUCCUCUCUCUAGCGCCAGGACUUUACUCCUGAGAAUCUCUGACGUAAAUGACAAUGCCCCAUUGUUCGAUAAAGGCACCUACUCUGCUUACGUCACAGAGAAUAACUCUCCUGGAAUGUCCAUAUUUACUGUCAGCGCGCGGGACUCUGACUGGAACCAGAACGCGAGAAUAUCGUACCUGUUGGAGGACACGCAGAUCAGCGGAACUCCAGUCUCUACUUAUAUAUCAAUUAACUCUGAAACCGGAGUUUUACAUGCUGUGCGCUCCUUUGAUUAUGAACAAAUAAAACAGCUGAAACUCGAGGUUAAGGCGCAAGAUGGAGGCUCUCCUCCACUCGGUAGCAAUGUGAGUGUCAACAUCUUCAUUCAAGAUCAGAAUGACAACGCGCCUCAGGUUCUGUACCCUGUCCAGACUAGCAGCUCCCUGGUGGCUGAAAUGGUUCCUCGUUCAGCAGAUGUGGGCUAUCUUGUGACUAAAGUGGUGGCUGUUGAUGUGGACUCUGGACAGAAUGCCUGGCUCUCUUACAAAGUGCUGAAAGCGACAGACAGGGCGCUGUUUGAAGUGGGCUUGCAGAAUGGGGAAAUAAGAACUAUACGCCAAGUCAGUGAUAAAGAUGCUGUGAAACAAAGGCUCACUGUUGUAGUGGAGGACAACGGGCAGCCCUCUCGUUCAGCUACAGUCAAUGUUAACGUGGCGGUGGCGGACAGCUUCCCUGAAGUGCUCUCGGAGUUCACUGACUUUACGCACGACAAGGAGUACAACGACAACCUGACUUUUUACUUAGUCUUGGCUUUGGCUGUAGUCUCAUUUCUGUUCAUCACGUGUUUAGUGGUUAUUAUAUCAGUGAAAAUAUACAGAUGGAGACAGUCUCGCAUCCUCUAUCAUUCCAACCUCCCGGUUAUUCCGUAUUAUCCACCGCGUUACGCAGACACUUUGGGGACAGGAACUCUACAGCACGUGUACAAUUACGAGGUGUGCAGGACGACUGACUCCAGAAAGAGUGGCUGUCAGUUCGCCAGACCCUGUAGUCAGAACGUACUGAUAAUGGACCCCAGUUCUACAGGGACGAUGCAGCGGAUGCAGAGUGAACAGAACAUCCUGGAUGAACCAGACUCCCCACUAGAGGUGAGUCUUUUGGACAUUUUUUAA